CCAUUGUUGAUGUUGUCAACUAUUUUCUCAGGCCCUGGGAGUGAAAGGAUAGCAGAUAGGCGUGUUCUAUUUGCUUUUAGUCUUGUGUUGAUCACAGGUUUCUCUGGCUAUACACUGUCAACAACCAGUCAAAAUGGCCUCUAAAGACCAUGCAAAAUCUCAAUUAUCAGAUUUUAAAGCCCAAAUGGAGGGUAAACCGCAGGAGAAUGCCACUGAAUCUGCCGGUCGACCAAUCGGAUUGCACACUGCAUCCGAAACUGUUGGUCCUAGGGGACCGAUGCUGAUGCAUGACUUCCAGUAUCAGGACAUAAUGGCUCACUUCAAUCAGGAAAGGAUUCCUGAAAGAGUGGUCCAUGCCAAAGGAGCAGGGGCAUUUGGAUAUUUUGAAGUGACACAUGACAUCACACAAUACACCAAGGCAUGUGUCUUUGACCACAUUGGGAAAAAGACACCAGUUGGAGUGAGAUUUUCAACUGUAGGUGGAGAGUCAGGUUCGGCUGAUACCGCUCGUGAUCCACGUGGCUUCGCUGUUAAAUUCUACACUCAAGAUGGUAACUGGGAUCUAGUUGGAAACAACACCCCAAUCUUUUUCAUCCGCGAUCCGAUCCUUUUCCCCAGCUUCAUUCACACGCAAAAGAGAAACCCAGUCACUCAUUUGAAGGACCCUGAUAUGUUUUGGGAUUUCAUCAGUCUCCGUCCAGAGACCACUCACCAAGUCAGUUUCCUGUUCUCCGAGCGUGGCACUCCAGAUGGUUACCGCCAUAUGAAUGGUUACGGAUCACACACGUUCAAGCUUGUGAACAAGGACGGGAAGCCAGUGUAUUGCAAGUUCCAUUUUAAGACUGAUCAAGGCAUCAAGAAUUUCACAGCCUCCCAAGCAGCCCAGCUCAGUGCUGAUGACCCCGAUUAUGCCAUUCGUGACCUCUACAAUGCCAUAGCUUCUGGAAAUUUCCCUUCAUGGACGCUGAAGAUUCAAGUAAUGACAUUUGAGGAGGCUGAGAAGUUUAAAUUCAAUCCAUUUGAUCUUACAAAGGUUUGGUCACAGAAGGAGUACCCAUUGAUUCCAGUUGGUAGGAUGGUUCUUAAUCUGAACCCUAAGAACUACUUCGCUGAGGUGGAACAAAUUGCUUUCUGUCCCGCACAUUUGAUCCCAGGUAUUGAGCCUUCUCCCGAUAAGAUGUUGCAGGGCCGCAUGUUCUCCUAUCCUGAUACGCAUCGUCAUCGUCUUGGAACCAACUACCUUCAGAUUCCUGUUAAUUGUCCGUUUGCUGCUAAAGUCCGCAACUACAUCCGAGACGGUCCAGCUUGCGUCACAGAUAACCAAGGUGGAGCUCCUAACUACUUCCCAAACAGCUUCAGCGGCCCUACUGAUGAUGCCAAAUUUUCACCAUCAACGUAUGAAGCCUCUGGUGAUGUCAAACGCUACAACACUGCUGACGAUGACAAUUACGCGCAGGUCACCACAUUUUGGAGAGAGGUUCUGUCCCCUAGCGACAGGACUGCCCUGGUUACCAACAUUGCCGGCCAUUUGAAAGAUGCUUCAGAGUUCAUCCAAAAGAGAACCGUUGGUAAUUUCACACAAGUAGACGCAGAAUGCGGAAAGCGUAUCCAAGAACUUCUGGAUGAACACAAAAAGCAAAGUGCGAAAGCAGCCAACUUGUAAAUGGAACCAAACUUGAUGCGAACAUUUGUUGGAUCAAUGGGUUUUUAAGAAAAAUUUGCUUUAUAAGUCAAUUGUGAUUUGAAUUGUGAAACAUUAAUCUUUUUUUUUUUUUAAGAUUGGUUUGCACUUGAAAAACAUAAUAUUCAAAUUUGGAAUUUGGAAUUGUAUAUAUUGGUUUAAAAGAUCGCUUUCACAAUUUUAUAGACACCAACAAUAUUAUAUCAAUGUCAGGCAGAUUUUUGGGCAAUGUUAGUCAAAUAUUAUGUAAUAUUUACUGGGGACGGUUUAUUAAUGCUAUGCAGAUCUUCUUACUAGUUUUUAGACAAUGAAUAUUAUAUAGGGGUUUAUAUUUUUGCCAAGCAGAAUAUAUUAUUUGGCAGAUUGUUCGGUAUCCACAAGUUUGUUGAUGCAAAGAAAUUUUUAUGUAACAUUGGAUUUGUAUGCAUUUUGUACAGCAGUCAAACUUCAUGAAGAAAUAAAUUAGAACACAAAAAAAAUAUAUAGAUCUUCUCUAAACAGCUUCGGCGCCGAUUGUCUUUCGAAGGUAUUUUAAUUCAUAACGCUUGUAAUGGCGCCCUCAUUUGCACCAUGUAGAUGUAAAAGAAAGUAAAUUCUUUUCUAAACAGCUGUGGUGCCAAUUGUCUUUUGAAGGUAUUUUAAUUCAUAAAGCUUGUAAUGGCGCCCUCGUUUGCACCAUAUAAAUGUAGAAUACUUCAUAUUUCAUAUUAAUGAGUUUGAUCUAAUUAUCCUGGGCAAACAAUGUUGCUGUUCCAAAUGCUAAUCCAAUAAUCUUACAUUUAGAUAAAUAAUUGACAAGAAAGCAAAUACAAUUUUUAUUAUUAUUAUGUAUCAUCACGUAUUAUGAGGUUUCUUAGAUCAGGGAUUACCAUAAAAGAAAUCAAUCAGUAUAUUAAUGAUGCAUUAUUUUACUUGGGAUAAAUAGUGUAGUGAAAAUCUGAAUCAAUGAUCAGGUAAUUAAUUUGUUCCUGAUCUUAAUGCAAAAAUUAUUUUGCUCAAUAAAAUUUAUGAAAUAUUAAA